AUGUCAUAUCAUUAUUCACAUCUAAUAUCAUUAAACACUAAAAUAAAAGAUUUUGCAUACGAUGAAUCACAUCCAUUUCAUACUGGUAAUUUUCCAAAUUCAAAUUCAAAUUCGACCUCAAGCUCAGAAUACUCAUCAGAAUCAGAAAUUGAAGAAGAACUAGACGAUGAAAUUAUUAAUUCAAAAGCUAUUGCUUUAUAUAAGUUCAUACCUGAAAAUGAUAAUGAAAUUAAUCUAUACGAAGGUCAAAUAAUUUAUGUUUUUAAUCGACAUGGUUAUGGUUGGCUAAUUGCUCAAGAUCCAGUCAGUAACGAAACUGGAUUAGUACCUGAAGAAUAUGUUCAAUUAAUAGAUGAUGAUGAGACGGGAGAAGACGAGACUGAAGAUGAACCAAAACGAUUCUUGCCCGAAUUGUUUGUUGACGAUGAAGAAUGGAUAGAUACAACAGAUGAUGAAGAUCAACAAGAACAAGAACAAGAACAAGAACAAGAACAAGAACAAGAACAAGAACAAGAACAAGAACAAGAACAAGAACAAGAACAAGAAGGAGAAGUAGAAAAGGAUGAACAGGAAGAAGAUGAAGUAGAGGACGAACUGGUGGACGUUAAAGCUAAAACUGAACAAGACUGUAAUAAUGACGUUAAUGAACUACGUAAAAGUUUGAAUAGUGUAAAUAUAUGA